AUGCCGUUCGCCAAGAGGACGGUGGAGCCGCAGCUGCUGUGCCGACGUCACGUGUCGGACCACGACGACGGCGUGAUGCCCGACGACCUGAGCGGCGUCAGUCACGUGCUCCUGUCGCGGACCCUGCGCCACCUGUCCGACUUGGCGCGGCACGCCUGCUCCAUCUUCCAGGAGCUCGAGGACGACAUCGUGGCCGCGGACCGCAGGGUGCGCGCGCUCCGCAACAAGAUCAAACGCAUCCAGCGCGCCGCCGACGCCUUGGACCCCAAAAAGGAGGCCGUGCCUGUGUCCAACCUGGACGUCGAGAGCAAACUGUCACUCCAUUAUCAGUCGCCAUGGCAACAACAACAACACCUCUUCCACCUGUGCACUCGCGCUCCCUGCCUGCAGGAGAUGCACAACAAGGCUCACCUGAGUCUCAGAGAAGACAAGGUGAGUCAGAGGUCAAAUAGUCGUGAGAGGACCAAGGUGACCAUGACUAUCUCAGCUGCCCCGCCCCUUCCCACCUUCCCGUCGCCACACAGCAUCCGCCGCCAACAAAGAAGUCGACUGGCACAGGCGCAGGAGAGAGAAGAACGAGAGCGGGAGUUGGACCAACAACCCAGCCAGGAGAAGACAGGAAGUGAAAGUGAAGUCCAGACUCUUCAGAGAAAAGAGCGAGCGACCAGACAGGUGGACCUGGAAGCCACGCCCAGAAAGGCGGACCUGGAAGCCACGCCCAGAAAGUUUGAGUGUUUUUACUCCCUUGCUCCAGUGGAGGGAUGCAUCUUCAUCCCCUGGAACAGAAAGGCCAGCUCAGCGUGCGAAGGCCAGGAUGAGGAGGAGGUCACGGCGGACCACCAAGCCAAGGUCUCAGCACCCGAGGCUCCUCCCACCCAGGACAAGGAGACCAGCUGGUCCAGAGAACAUGUGGCACCUGCUGAUCCCAAGAAAAGUUCUGUGGAUUCCAAGGCCGUCUCCUCCUGUAUCAUCCCCAUUAAUGUCACAGGAGUUGGAUUUGAUCGCGAGGCGAGCGCUCGCUGCUCUCUAGUUCAUUCCCAGUCGGUGCUUCAGAGACGGAGGAAGCUGAGGAGGAGGAAGACCAUCACUGGCAUACCCAAACGUGUGCAACAGGACAUGGACUCAGACGAAUCGCCAGUAGCCAGAGAGCGGACGGUAAUUGUCCAAGCCAAUCAGCACCAACUCUCGCUGUGUCAGGAAGACUUCUCAGUUAGUGGUCGCCUUCACCACACUCGAGACUCUGGCUGCCAAACAGAUGAUUUCCUCAUAGCAUGUACGGCCGCUCCUUCCCGGAGACGCAUUCGAGCUCAAAGAGGCCAUCAGGGAAUCCCGGCGUCUCUGUCCCACUCCACGGGCAACAUUUCCUCCCUCGGCGACCAGUCCGACUCCACGUGCGCCAGCGCCGCCUCCCACACCGUACGCCUGCGAUCUCGCAGCCUCCCGCGAGAAGGCGGCCGCCUCAUGGACAGCGACGACGACGAGGACGACGACAACUACGACGACGACGACGACGACGACGACGAGGAACUGUCGCCGUACGAAGCGGAGGACUUCAUUCCACCUGGCCCGAGUCCCAGGAUGAAGAUGAUGAUGAUGAAGGAUGAAGAAGAGAGCACUGACGACCAGGCGGCCCCUGAGCCGCUGCAGAUAGGAAGCCUGAAACGGUUGCAGCGAUCAGGGGAAAGGGACCGGAGUCCAGAGCACGGCUGGAUGGAGAGAGGUCGUUCUCGUCUGCCUCGCAAAACUGACAUGGGCAGCUGUGAGAUCUCAUCCAGUUCAGAUACUUUCAGUAGCCCUAUUCAUUCUGUUUCUACAACAGGAGUUCUAAGUAGCCACGUGGACCACAAGGAGGACCAUCAGUCGUCAAGUGGUAAUUGGAGUGGUUCCAGCUCGACCUGCCCAUCCCAGACCUCAGAAACUAUCCCCCCACCUUCUUCUCCGCCACUUACAGGCUCGUCCCACUGUGACUCUGAACUAUCGCUCAACACUGUGCCGAAUGCCAUUGACGAGGGAUUUUCCCUGGACCCCUCGUACCAUUCUGAGCUGAGACCCCAGGGACCAGGUCACAGGUCAAGCUCCUUCACUUCCUCAGCAACAGACCAGCUGGACGAUGCUGGGGUUAGUACAGCCAGCGAAGGGGAAUGGGCGUAUCCUCCAGACCAGGACCACGCUGACACAGACCAGUACCAUGACCAGAUGCAAAAUGUAUGUCAAAGCCAGGAUUACCGCUCCACACGAGCUCUAGAUGGCCAAACACGUUUUAGUGAAAAGACCAACAACACAGAACAAGACACUGUCUCUCGUUAUUCAUCUGACACGGAGGGUUUGUACUCAUUGUCUGAGCAAUUUGAGAAGAGUCAUCCGGGUUACGGACACUACACGUACAACUACGCAGAGCAAGGGACUGAUAGUGGCCGAUCCAACACCGUGGCAGUACAUGUAGCCCAUGAACUUUAUGCUUCAUUGUCACCUGAGUACAGAACAAGCACUGCCACCCUAGGCAGGCCCUGCCGUCCACUGAGGAAACCCAAACUCAAACCUCCUCCACCAAAACGAACGUCCUCCUUAAGAGAGGCCAGUAGUAGCGUUGAUGUAGGAACAGACACACAGGCUGAUCAAGACCAACCAAAGACCGCGAGUGAACAAGACCUUGCAUUGUCUUCCACAGAUAUGAAGUUGGAACUGGAACUUGGGGGUAUUCCAGAACCAUUACAGACAUCCUGUCUUGUGGCUGAGCCAUUGGGAUCGUGGGUAAUGGGGCUAGGAGAAACUGUGGAUAUAGUAGAACCCAUGUCCUUUAGCUCUGCAGACACACACUCCUUUAAGGAUGAAGGAGCUGUGCAAUCGGACUACGCAGACUUGUGGCUUCACAAUUCGGAGAUGAAGUCCAAUAAUUGUGAGUACAAAUCCCUGUCUAACUCAAGCACAGCGACAGGCACAACCGUUAUGGAUUGUGUCAAGUCCCCAGACAGCUCUUCCUCCUCCACUGACACCCAAUCCCAGACUCAUUCCCAAUCUUCUGAGACGAGAGCCGCGAGUCCACCUCGUCCACCGGGAGACUUCAAACUUGGGUCGCCCGAGAAGUUGGCUGGCCUGGCAUCACCAUCCAGUGGUUACUCAAGUCAAUCAGAAACGCCAACUUCGACUUUACCUUCCACUUCGGCAGCAUUCUUCCCAGGACCACUGUCCCCCUCCACUGGCAAAAGAAAGCCCAAAGUGCCAGAGAGAAAGUCGUCUCUCUCUUCCCUGCAACAAUUUCCCAGAGAUGGAGCUUCUAUUGCAUCUGGCUACAAGAGGGACCCAGACUUCCCACCUCCACCUUCUCAGCUUGACCUGAACAUUCUUCACGGUGGCUACGUAAGACAUACACUCUCACAUAGAACACAACACCUGCACACGCUUCACCACAGCAAACACCGAGUAACCAAUGUGAUUCCCACUGGAACAAAGAUGGUGCCCCAUGAGACAUCAAAUAGCAACCACCCACCGUGCGCAUACCCGACUACUCUGAUUCCCAACGCUAAUCUGUUGGCAAUAACUCCAUCAGCUCUACGUUCGGUGCAGCUCCACUCGGUCAGCAAGCCUAGUGACCUUGCACACAGCACGGUCCAGGAAGUAGCAAGCGCAGUGGUGACAGUUACCAAACCCAAAUGUCCUCACAGUGGUUCAACACUGGCCCCGCCCUCAAUCAACACUAGACCUCUCCCUCCUCGUAGGCCACCUCCGAGACCUCCAGCUCAGGACCACACCUUCUCCCCUGAUCACGCUCAACCCCCUCCGCCCGGACGCCACCCUGAUGGGCCGCCGUCCUAUGAAAGCCUACUACUUAGACAAGACCGAUAUGGUCCUGGAACCUUCUGGUCAAUGACCGCUUUCAGGACCCAGCUAGACCCGUUCUCAGAGCUCUCUGAUGACAACUCCCCAUUGCAUCGACCAGUGCCACGUGCUCCCCACCCGUCACCCGUAGACCUACACACACACAUCCGCUCACACACAGAGUUCAGAGGGCUCACGCAUUCAAAUCGGGCACACCCAGAGUUUCAUAUUUUGGGGGAGCGCUCCUUUUCCCAAGAUGAUGACGAUGAGGAAGAAGAGGAGGAAGAAGAAGAGCAGGUGAAAGACUCACAGAGGGCCACGUGUCACAGGGGGGGCGUGCGAUCGGCUCACCCUCCACCUCCGGCGUAUGAAUUUGCCGGAGGAUCCCACCUGGACUCAGGGCCCUGGACUAGUCCGGUCAAAGUGCCUGGUACCACAUCGCAUCCUUACCUAAUCAGCGAUGCUAGAAGAGUAAGACAGGAGGAAGAGGAGGAGACAUCAGGUGCUACCAGAAGUGCCCAUCACAUGCUGCCACUUGAGAGUAGAGACGAUUCCACCACUCCCGACACGGAGGACUACUUCAGUAAAGAUUCCACACCCACGGACAAUUCACUUUCCCCUUUGACGGAUGACUCCAAGGUCGAUGACGACGUCGUCAUAACUUCCCCGAACAAGAGCCGGACCACCGAGGACCUGUUUGCCAUGAUACACAGGUCUAAGAGAAAGGUUCUGGGUCGUAAGGAUUCCGGGGACUUAAACGCAAAGUCCCGCCUGUGCCCGGCGGCACCCGUCAAUCCGAGCGGCGUCCCCAGCGCCGCCGUCCCGCCGCCCCCUCCCGUCAGCGCCCCGGUCGCCACGGCGACCGCCUGCGGCUCGCAGCGCGCCCCGGUCCCGAUCUACCGCAGCGCCAAGAAGUCCAUCACGUCCAACGAAGAGUUCAAACUGCUGCUGCUGAAGAAAGGCAGCCGCUCGGACACCAGCUACCGCAUGUCGGCCACGGAGAUCCUGAAGAGCCCCAUCACUCCAAAGACCCACGGGGAGUGUGUCCCUGAAGGCCCCGCGGAUCAGGCUGAAGACACGCCCUCCACGCACCCGGACCCGCCCCUUUCCAGCUUCGAGCCCAUCCAGAUAGCGGGCCUCUUCCCCCGGGCCAACUCCGAGAGCUUCACCUCCAAGAUCCUGCCGCUGUCGGCCGCUUCCCGCCAGGGCCGCUCUCGCAUCCCCCCGGUGGCCAACAGCAGUCGCUACAGCACCCGGAGCCGCCUGUACACCGCGCCCAUGCAGGCCAUCUCUGAGGGCGACACGGAGAACUCGGACGGAAGUCCUCAUGACGACAGAUCUUCCUAGAAGUUCUGUUUCCUCCUACUUUUAGAACCUUUCUCCUUCAUGCCGCAAAACGGGACAGUUGCUCAAAUCUGCCCCGCGUUUAAAACGCUGGUAGAAACGUUGUAGAUAGGAAGCGGCGACCGGUCAUUAUAAAAAUAAAAAAAAAGUUUACUCUAAAUCUGGAUAGCUCAGACCUCCAGCGACAUAUUUUGGAAGAACUGUCUUUUACAGAAAAAAGUACAGAGCCCCUUAAGGGACAUGGGGGCGAAAAAAAUAAUUUUAUUUUUUUUUAGACAUGUAUCUCGUGCGCACCAGAAACUUUUUAUAAAGUUAUAAAAAAAAAUGUUUUUAAAUGUAUAAUUUAUUUAUUUUUUAUUUUUUUUA